GCAGCCUCGAGUGUCCGUGUCUUGGCAGCAUCCCGCAAGCUUGUGGUUGGCGGGCUGCUGCGGGUGAAGUCGAUAGGAGAGGAGAUGAGGAGCUGGCACUGGACCUCAGGCUUGACAGAGAAGCUGAAAGAUCGCUUCCUGUCGAUCAAGGAAAGACUUCACGGGAUUGUGCGCGUGGUGCGGGAUGGAUGGACGGAGAGGAGGAGGAGUAGGUCUGUCUUGCCUGUGCUGCUUCAUCGCUUCAGAGGGCUGAUUGACAGGGUCAUGGAUGCAACGAAAGCAGCAACCUCAUCCUCAUCGCGGAAGUUGAAAGAGCUCGUCUCUGCCGUCUCGUCGACGAUCAGGGUCCUUCACGAGCAGGCUGUGAGGAAGGACCUCAAGUUUCUAGCGUGUGUGGUCGGCGUGGAGGAGAUGUCGAGCAGGCUCGUGGCUGACAUCUCGACGAAACGAGCUGCCAAUUUGAUUGUCAAGGAGAUUCUCAGCAACUAGAUUGACUCUCGACCCCGAGCUCUACCAGCUCCGGCUACUAGACAAGUCCGACUGUCAGCGGUCACCCGUCACGGCGUUACAUUUCUUUAAGAUUUAGGUUGUAGAUCUUGAAUAUCUUCAGUGUCAUCUCCAUCUCCAACUCGAGCCCACCUGCUCAGUUGUACAAGCCUGAAGCCUCUCAGCCACCAACAGAGUGGCGGGGGCCGGGGCUCUGGGCCCGCGGCCAUACCGUCUGAAAACCGGGAACCCGGGAUCAGCGGAGUUGAGCCGAGUCACAGGCUUCGAAUAUAGUACUUUAGCUAAUUCUAUUUUUUUCCUGAAUUCUGUUGGCC